AGGUGUUCCAGGACGUGGCUGCUGGUUAUCAUGAUGGUUGUACAAGGCACUGUGAAUCCAGUAGAAUCCAAGAGCAAAACAGAAGUGAAUCCUGAAGUAUAUAUGAAUAUUAGUGAAAAAAUCCAGUACUGGGGAUAUCCUUCUGAAGAAUACGAAGUUAUUACAAAGGAUGGCUACUUCCUGAGCCUGAACAGAAUUCCAGGAGGCUUAAAGGCCACUAUAUUGCUGAUUCAUGGUUUGGACUUGGAAGGCAGCGACUGGAUAGCAAAUACGCCUCAUCAGAGCCUGGGUUUCAUACUAGCAGAUGCCGGAUAUGAUGUCUGGAUUGGAAACAACAGAGGAAACUCUUGGUUGAGAAGACACAAAAACCUUACCAUUGAAGAAGAAGCAUUUUGGGAUUUCAGUUUUCAUGAAAUGGGCGUCUAUGACCUUCCUGCCAUGACAGACUUUAUUCUGCAGAAAACCGGACGGGAUAAAAUCUACUGUGGUGGCCAUGCUCAGGGAUCCACCGUAGCUUUUGUUGCAUUUUCUGUAAUCCCUCAAAUGUCUGAAAAAAUAAAGAUGUUUUUUGCCAUGGGGCCUGCAUACACGCUCCACUUCAGUAUAAGUCCCAUUGUACGAGUGCUGCGUAUGCCUAACACAUUGUUCAAGAUUAUAUUUGGCACGAAAGAAUUCUGCCUGCUGAGUCCCAAACUCAAAGAACUUUUGGCUCAAAAGUGCAGCUGCCAACCGGUUGAUGUAAUCUGCAAACAAGCUCUUUUACUUAUCAGUGGAUUCAACGAGAAAAAUUUAAAUGUGAGCCGAACUGAUGUGUACACAUCAAUAUUCCCGGAUUAUACUUCUGUGAAAAAUGUAAUCCACUGGAACCAGUCUGGUAGAACUGGGGAAUUCAAAUACUUUGAUUAUGGCCCAAAAAACAUAGAUAAAUACAAACAGAUGACUCCACCCUUCUACAAGAUAGAAGAGAUCACAGUCCCAAUUGCUAUGUGGAGCGGAGGACAAGACUGGGUUUGCAGGCCAAAGGAAGCUGCACAGCUGCGGUCUCGAAUCCCUCACCUUGUUUACCAUAAGGAGUAUCCAGACUGGGACCACUGGGACUUCAUUUGGGGCAUUGAUGCUCAUCAGCGGAUGUACAUGGAAAUCCUUGACCUGAUGCAGAAAUAGCUGUGGGAUUUCUCUUUUGUUAUGCAAUGAUUUUUCUUUAAAACACUGGUCUUCCACUGACACUAUAGCAGCAUUGGAAACACCCAUGCUGCUACAUGAUUUAAUCUCUGCAACAAAAUCAGAAAACUCUACACUUGCACUAUAUAAAAUCCUACUCAACAGGAAGAAAUAUGAUUUAGAAUUUGAAAGACAAAAAUGGAGUGAAGAGUUAGGGGUAUAGAUAACAAAUGAUAUAUGAGAGUCAAGUAUAAAAUCAACAGAAAUAGCCUCUAUGGAUCUAAGACUAAGACUUAUUCAACAGAAAAUAAUAUUCAGAGCCCACUGGACUCCAGCAAAACUAUACCAAAGGAAAAUAACAAGUGCAGACAACUGCUGGAGA